AUGUCAUCGCAGAGACCAAAUAUUGUGGUUGCCCGUGGUGCGGUUUUACCGCAGCAGACAACACCAGAACAGCGGUACUGGAGGCAGUACUCCUCCGCACAGCUGGUUAAAGAACACAACGCUGUUACAGAGAUUGCGUUCAACCCUAAGAGUCCCUUCGAUUUUGCAGUGACGUCUUCGACGAGGGUCCAGAUCUUCUCCUCCAGGACGAGACAGGUAGUCAAGACGUUUUCUAGGUUCAAAGACGUGGUAUAUUGCGCCAACUUCAGAGCUGACGGGAAGUUGCUAGUGGCCGGGGAUGCCACUGGGCUUGUGUCAGUGUACGAUUCGUAUAAUCCAAGGAAUGUGCUCGUUUCAAUCCAGGCUUCGACGCAUCCGACUCAUGUGACCAAAUUCCACCCAAUGGACAGCAAGACGCUCAUAACCUCCUCAGAUGACCGUGUCACAAGGCUCUGGGAUAUUUCGCAUGCAUACGAGCCCACAUUAGAGCUGGGUGGGGCUACAGACUACGUCAGAUCACUAACGUGUGUCCCCUCGGCGCCCCACCUGGUAGCCACAGGGUCGUACGAUGGGCUUGUGAGGAUGUACGACACACGGACACAAUCGAGCGACCCAAUAUACUCGCUGAACCACGAUCAGCCAGUCGAAAACGUAAUCGCCAUAUCGCCAACACAGCUGGUCUCCUGUGGUGGACCAAAUUUCAAAGUCUGGGACUUGACGAAUAACAAGCAACUCUACGAGAGGGGGAACUUCAACAAGACGGUUACCUGUCUGGACCACGUUGAGAAUUUCUCGUCCCCGAUGCCACAGGCUUUGAUUGCAGGUUCGCUGGACGGGCACGUGAAGGUGUUCGACCCGCUGGACUCCUUCAAAGUUAAGUUUGGUUGGAAGUUCUCAAGUGCCGUGCUAAGUUGUGCUGUUUCGCCCAGCGACGCACAGGGGAACAGACACCUUGUCGCUGGUAUGUCCUCGGGGCUCCUUGCCAUCAGAACCAAGAAACAGGAACGCGAGAAGAAGGCAGGUGCCGUUCCAAAGAAGCAGAAGAGUAACAACUUCCAGCGCAUGAUGAGAGGCUCUGAAUACCAAGGUGAUCAAGAACACAUUAUUCAUGACGACAAGUUGAAGGGCAGCAGGAGAAUCCGCGCUUUCGAACGCAAGAUCAACCAGUUCAAAUGGGCUGAUGCCCUGGACUGCGCAUUCGUCCCAGGGAUGGCCAGGGAGCUCACUCUCACCGUACUGCAAGAGCUACGGAAGCGUGGGAAAGUCCGCGUCGCACUAUACAACAGGGACGAAAACUCGCUGGAGCCGUUACUGAACUGGUGUCUCAAGGGUAUUGAAGACGUCCGUUGUGUGACUGUCGUUGCCGAUUGGAUCGCCGUUGUUCUAGAACUAUAUGGAAGCACAUUGAUAGACAGCUCGCCAAUGCUGCGGCAACUCGUCGUCGACCUGAGAAAUCGCGUCAGGAAGGAAGUCUACAAAGCGAAGGAGGCACAAAAGAUAGAGGGAAUGAUGCAGUUGCUAACAAGUUAA